GGAACCCGCGCUGGGCGAUCCCGCCCCGGAACUGUGUGUCACCGGAACUAGACGCUGAAGUUUCUCUCGUUGCUACCCGGCGCAACUGUCAGGUGGCGCUUCCGUCGCGGAAAGAUGGCUGCGGCCGUUCCGGACUCCCAUGUGAGUGCAGGGGAAAAGCUGAAAAAGUCCCCAAAGAAGAAGAUGAAAAUGGAAGCCAGCGCCAUAGCAUCGGAGCUGGAAGAAGAGGUCAAAGACGGUUCCGACGGCGAAGGUUCUAUAGGAAGCUGUGAAUUGGAAAAGGGUCAUUUUUCUGAUGACAAUGAUGAAGCAAUAGAAGCUGACAACGAAGAUGAUGUUGAAGCCGAUGAUGAUGAUGAAAAUGAAAAUACUGCAGAAUCCAAUGUUGAGACUAAUAUGGGCUGGGCAUAUGCCAUGGCUAAAAUCCUUAACAAAAAAAUUCCUAGCAGUAGAUACGCCAUUCUGCUCAAAAACAAAGCGCUGGAAAAGGAAAAAGAGAAGUUAAAGCAAGAAAGACUAGAGAAGAAGAACCAGCGUGAUAAGAGGCUGGAGUGGGAAAUGAUGUGCAGAGUAAAGCCAGAUGUUGUCAAAGACAAAGAAACUGAGAGAAAUCUUCAGAGAAUUGCAACAAGGGGUGUGGUGCAAUUAUUUAAUGCUGUUCAGAAACAUCAAAAGAAUGUUGAUGAAAAGGUUAAAGAAGCUGGAAACUCUAUUAGAAAGCGUGCUAAGUUAAUAUCAGCUGUUUCCAAGAAAGAUUUCAUCAGUGUUUUGAGAGGAAUGGAUGGAAGUACAAAUGAGACGAGUUCAACUGGGAAGAACCCAAAAGCUAAACAGGCAGAGGUGAAAUCAGAAGAGGGCCCAGGUUGGACUAUCCUACGUGAUGAUUUCAUGAUGGGAGCAUCCAUGAAGGACUGGGACAAGGAAAGUGACAAGGAAAGUAAUGGACCAGAUGACAGCAGACCAAGAUCUGCAAGUGACUCUGAUACAUAAAGCAACGUAGGAGACACAAUUUGCAACCAUUUUAUUUUUCCUAGAAAAAUAUUCCAUUCUCUCAUAGUUGGGGAAUUAAAAGGCUACUAUUUGUAAGAAAGCCAAAAGACUUGUACCAGCUUUGGUAAAGAGGGAAUAUCGGUAUUCCCCCUUUUCAUAUAAAUCUUAUUAAAAUUAUGUAUUAAACCCUUGUAUAGUUUUAAGUAUUCUUCCUCAAAACAUUUGUAAAAAGAAAUAAUUUCUGCUUGACCUGCGAGAUAUGCUUUUUGCCAGGAUCAUUACGUGUUUACAUGUUGGUCAUGUCUAUUGGUGUGUUUCAGGAGCAUCAGUGCCUCUAGAAAUGCAGUACCAAUUUAUAAUUAAAUAAACUUUUUGAAGUUAAUCUUUCUAUAGUUUUGGGAAGCAAUUGGUGUUUUUUUGUUUGUUUUGGGAAGCUAUUAAGACAACCUAUGUAGUAAAAUUUAAAAUUAUAGUAUUUCUGAUUUUGGGUGGUGAUUUUAAUUGUAGUUAAUCCGGCAAAUAAAAAAUACCAGAUUUCUACUUUUA